AGGCACAUUUCCAUCACCGUUCGUUCAUCUAAUGAUCUUAAUUAGUAACGUUUCGGCUCAAUCAUGUGUGAGGUGGAAACCGGUGCCCAAAUCGUUCAUCGCAUCUCAUCUCGGCUAACAUCAACCGUAGCCUGCCUCGAUCCGGUUCUGUUUCCAGCCGGAGGACCCGCCAAAGGAGAACUUGUCGAAAUAACCGGUGAGAGCAAUUGCGGCAAAUCUUGUCUGGUGCUGGAAUUGAUUGCCAAAAUCAUUCUUCCGGUGGACUGUGGUGGCCAUGCUACCGGUGCUGUCUUUAUGGAUUGUGACAAUAAUGUCAACAUGAUGCGACUGUUGACUGUCAUGGAAAAACAAAUUAUCAACUGUUCGAUGCCUUCCAAUCAGAGGGUUGAUCGAGAGGCUAUCAAAUCCAUUCAGGAACAGUCCUUGCAAAGACUGACGAUCAUCAAGUGCUGCACCUUAGAUGAAUUCGAAUUUUCGUUGUUCACAUUGAACGAUGUCUUCAUUCGGAAUCCAGUCAAUGCUUUCCUACUGAUCGAUUCGAUAGUGGCGUUUUACUGGAACAAAUGCACCGAAAAGAAUUUGAUACGGAUGGACACCUUUCUGAAAUCGUUGCACACCCGGUUGAAGAAACUGUGCCAAGAUCGUGGGGCAGUUGCCAUUUUUACUAAACCGUCGUACUUUGGGUCCGGCAGGGAUAGCGCGUUCGAGGGUGCAGAUUUGCAACAAACCGGAAGCACCAGCGAAGCUGCAGUGUUGGCUCAUUCCAGUUCAUCGUAUGUUGGCGGUGGAGAGUUUAGCAGCAAAUCCGGUCCAACCAUAGAGCAUCGAAUCGAGCUGGCCGAAGUGGUUUCGCACACACCGAACGACGAGGAUCAGAAGUUUAAUGCUUUUAUAAGCUCCAAGGACCAGCAGCGCAUUCGAUUCUUCGUGAUCGAUAAGUACGGGAUCAAUUGGUUACAAUAGGUUGAAUAAAUCGUUUAUUUAAAAAAAAAUGAAAUAGGAAAAUUCGAAACCUACGGUGAUGACAUUUCAGAUACGCUUCAGAUGAUGAAAAAUCGCUAGCCGCGCUUAUGGUUUUCAAUUAAUUUUAUUGAAUGCUGUUCUCAAACAUUUUUAUGCGCUUAAAGUAGUGUUUGCUAGUCGUGUUUGGAAAACUUGGAAACUGUUCAGAUAGUUAACAUUAUUGUUUUGUUCAAGUUGUAAUACAUAGGGCUAGGUAAACUAUAUGAGUUACUAAUGUAAUUGGAUUUUUUUUUGAAAAUAGUUAAUUGUUCAAUCAAUCAGUUGUGUUGCGUGUUUCUAUGUUUGUUUCUUAAAUAGAAGACAGUAGUACGGUUCCUUUCCUAUAAGUAGGUUUAUCUUUUUCCUUUCCUUAUGAUUUAUGAACAUUGGCGUAUUUCUUUUCAUUUUGAACUUUUUUGGUUGAAACAAAAAAAGUAAAUUCGAACGAACAAAGCGAAAGCCGUUCAAUGAUUUUGAAUGACUUGACUUUGCUCCUGUCCAAAAACGCAAUGGUUUUUCUUCGAUUUCCUAGAGGUCAGUAAGUUACAGCCUAAUUGAUUGGGUUGCCUUUUCUACAACCAGUUGUAAAUUAAACUUCGACGAUUGGAAACAUUUACAUACGCAUAAAAUAGAUUAACAAGUUCCAACAUAUUCUUCUUUUAAAUUUAUACAGAUUGGCAAGCAACUGCUUGUUUCAUGCCGGCCUUUUAUGUACACACCCCCUCAAACAACUAUUCUAAAAUUGCUCCAUUCGAUUGCAGCAAUCGUUAGGAAACCCCUACAUCGUUCCACAUAAGUAUAUAUAGUAAUUAUUGUUUCAUAGUUUCGCUGUCCAUUUUCGAAUAAAUAUGUACUUUAAAUCACAUUUCCAACGCACACAAACUGGCGAAUUGUGUGAGCAAAUUUAGCAGGUAUAACAAGACUUACCUCAUACUUUUAUCCAAUAUGCACCAAACUUUAAACCGUCACCGGUUCUGGCCUUACGCCCGGAAGAACCGAACAACCCGGACGAUGUACUGCCGACAGAUGGGACACUCGCUUAGCACCUUGCCACAGUUGGUGCAAGUCGCCAUGUGUCCGCACUCCAAAAUAACACACUCGAUCGGCGCAUCCAUACAGAUCUUGCACAAAUCAUCGGU